GGCUCGCUAUACACAUCAGUACCGCCCUGUGAGAUGCCCAAUAUACACCAUCCAGCAGCCUCGUCUGUCGUGUGACAGUUUGGUCUGUGUGCUUUCCUUGGAGCUGCUGGCUACUGUCUCAAGCUUCCAGCGCGAACAUCGGCACAGACCGCUGCUGGCGGAGCGCGAACAUGAACCACAUCUCGCACCUCCAUGGCGCCACGGCUUGCUCGGCUGUCGUGAGCUUGCCAAACACUUUUUUGCCCGGCGGAUCGGCGGUCGUCUUCAUUCAACAUGCGUCUUUAUUAAUCCAGUAUCUCAAAGAGGGUCUACCGACAUCGCGAAUCCCGGUCAACGCACGCUUGCUAGGUGCCAGCUUUGUGCCAGAGCACAAUGUCCUGCUCGUCUUGACGGAUCACGCGCAUCCGCGUGUGCUUGUCUUCAAGCCCAGCCAAGAGGGCGCGGAAGGCGGAAGCGAUCUGGUCAUCAGCAAGGUGAUAUCCCUGGAAGAGCGCGUCAGGGCGCAGGCUGAAGUGGGUACAGGACUCGACUACUCUCCAGAGGCUGGCCUUGCCACCACGCAUACGCACGUAGGUGCGCUCAAAAUCUCGCCCAUGGCCAAAGAGAUCGAUCCCGUAGCUGGAUGGACUGCCAGGCUGCCACAUCCACACCUCAUUGCCCACUCCAUCCUUCGCUCUUUCGCUCCCGCCGUGGCUCUACUUUCUAUCUCAUCCGUGCCGACAGAGAUAGCAGGGCUUGGCGAUCAGUGUCUGCCUGUGCUUUCUUUCCACACGGUAGAUUCUGCCAACCAAGACUUAGCGCCGCUGCCUUGGGGCACCGCAGCCCGGCCUACCCGCACAAAAGCCCCGGCAGCAGCAUCCGACACGAGCUCGGGCAGGCCGCAAGGCAAGUACGGACCAGCAGCGUUGGGUGCCAUCAACAAGAAAGUGGAGAAUGUGCCAUCAGAGCUGGUACAGGCGCACGUCCCCCUCUCCCCAAAUGACGCAAUUGGCGCUCACUUCCUUACCGCGCUCCCAGGAAGCACAGGUGCUGCGGUCCUGGUCGCUUGCGAACAGGCGAUCCUGGUGGUCGGCAAUCCUGUCGCAGCGUCCAACAAGUUUGGAAAGUCCCCUCAAGGAGCAACGGCUGCGACAAAGAGACGUAAAUCUAGCAAAGGUGAGACAUCAUUCUCUGCGUCCGGCAAGAAUACAGCAGCUCUUGGAACCAGUCCUGAAGGCAGCGCCAACGACAACGGUAAGCGUCCGCAGCGUAGAAAAAGCAGUGCCGCAGCUGGCGCAUCUACCGUCACACCUACAAGCCCAUCUAGGCCGCGCGAAGCCGGCAGCGACCCAGGCAUAUGGCGAGCAGCACUGCCUGGAGCUACUCAAGUGCGAGCCUCUGUGGAGCUUAAAGAGCCAAAUGAGGCUAGCGCCAUCUGUGUGGCCGACGACCAGCAGUCCGCCAGCCUAAGAAUUCUUCUUGGCACACAUGCAGGGAGAUUGCUUCUGGCUGAGAUGGCUCUAAGGCCCGAGACGGAGGGAUCGACUCCCUGGACUCCUAUGUCGGUGACUGUGCGCGAGCUCGGUUCAAUUCCUGCCCCUCAAGGACCGGACGCAUUAGCAUAUCUAGGCGAGGGUAUACUUGCAGUAGCUAGCGCCUCUGGAGACUCGGAACUCGUCAGGCUACCACCUGCCUUGGGGGACCCCGGCUUCACCUCACCGUCACGGCUCGACAGCCUGCACACAAUGCCGUGUCUUGCACCGGCACUCGACUUUGUGGCAGACGAUGGGAACUGCGGGCCUGCUGGCGUGGAAGACGCGCAAGCCAGAGCGAUCACAGCAUCUGGAACAGGACCUACUGGCUCUUUGCGCGUUGUGCGGCAAGGCGUGCAGCUCGACACGCUCGUAGAGCUUGGAGUACCAAAUGUGGACGCUGCUUGGCCUAUCAGAUCUGGAGACAGCAUCAUCUGUUCAUCACCAGCAAAGACACUAGUGCUCCAGCUGGGGCUCGAUAUUCGCGAUGUCACCAGCACCUGGGACAUUAACGCCAAAGUUACGACCAUCGCUGCUCGUCAGACGCAGCAAGGAGUUGUCCAUUUGAAUGCCAAGGAGCUCUUGAUGCUUGGUAACGAUGGAAAGCGCCUCGCCUCUUUACCUGCACCCUCGGACAGCGAGUUUGUGGGUGGAGCUAUUCAAGCAUCUGGGUCCGUUCUGCUUGCUGCCCGCAACGGCUCGGUCUCUUACCUUGAACCGUCCAUCGAGGGCUGGAAAGAGGUCGCCAGCAUCUCGUUCGACAACGACGAGGUCAGCGCUGUGGAUGCCAGUCCACUGCAGUCUGGUGCAAGUUCGGCCUACGCGGCUGUCGGCUUGUGGAAGAGCCGCACCAUCAAAGUACUAAAGCUUCCAUCUUUAGAAGACGUCACUCCUUCGACUCUGCGCCAAUCACAGACCUCUCUUCCAAAAUCGGUAUUGUUGCACUCGUUUCCUUCGGCCGGCUCAGGUAAAGCUGGAUCUCCUCAUCUGCUGGUCUCAUUCGCCUCUGGAGCUCUUGCCCUCCAUAGUCUGGCACUUCCUGGUGCCGAAAGCUUCUCCAAGAACGUCGUAGUGGUCGAGUCUCGCGUGUCUGCUCUGGGCACCCAGCCGGCACGUCUCCGCCCUUUCUACACGACAAAAGGCCUACAUGCGGUCCUCGUCGCGUCGGACAGACCCGCAGUCUUGUCAUGUGAUCACUCGACGAGCUCAGCGCGUGUUCAGUUCUCCGUAUUGCCUUCGGCCGGUGGAGCGGUUGUUUGUGAUGCGAUCCCGCUCGAAACGCCCGAAGGAAGCGCUCUUGGCCUUGUUCAGCGAGACUCGAUACGAGUUGUCAGCAUCGGCGAGGUUCAGCGCCUUGACGUCUCGACCGCUGUAGAUCUCGGACACGACAAUCCACUCGCUUUGGCUCUUGUACCUUGGGCGCGGGCACUCCUGGUCACUUCUUGGCGCUUCAGACCUCAAGGUAGUGUGGAUCCAGAUCCACCUGCUGGCAAGAUCCAUGUCUUCGAUGCAGAGACGUUUGAGGACCUCGAUGUUCUGCCUUUGCCGACAGACGAGAGACCCAACUGCAUCACCCUUGCAGGCCCAGCGAGCUCGCCAGUCGUGGUCGUGGGGACUGGCAUAGCUCAACCGGACCAGAGUGAGACGACAUGUGGUCGGCUUUUGGGCUUCCAUCUCAACGACCGCAAAUUGUCCGUCGCAUUCGACGAAAGCGUCGAAGGAAAUGUGUUUGCGAUUUGCCAAGUCAACGGCAUGAUUGCUGCCGCUAUCAAUGCCGAGGUGCACGUAUACGCUAUCGACGCUGCGGAUCUGGACGAUAUGUCGACUUCGCAGGGCCCAUCAGGCCAGCCUUUUACGCUUCGUAAGGUCGGAAGAUGGGGCUGCGCAUUCGUGGCUUGCACCCUUAGCGUCUACGACAACUAUCUGAUCGUCGGCGAUGGAAUGCGAUCCAUCGCUGUGCUUGCUGUGAGCAAUCUCCCGACUCAAAGGGGUAAAUUGAGCGAGGUGGCUCGCGAUGCCGAUCCGUUCUGGACCAGCGCUGCCGAGAUGCUGGACGAAGCUUCUCAAACGUACAUUGGAGCGGACAUUGCGCUCAAUCUGUUCACUACUCAGAGAGCCGUCAAGACUGCAGCUGAAAAGCGUAGGAGACAGAGCAAGCGUAUUCACGACCUUGAGAUGGGAAGAGCUUCAACGGGGUCCUUGAGUACGCUUGCGCCAGAUUCUGAGGACGAUCAAUGGAGCCAUGUGAUGGAGAGAAGAGCCGCUUACCACUAUGGCGACAUGGUCAACAAGAUGCGAAGAGGAGCGCUCACUUCGGCCGUCUCGGCCGGGCCAGGCACGGGCGAGGGAUCGAGCGAGAUGAGCGCAGAAUCGAAGAUUCUAUUCUGCACAGCGGCAGGCGCGAUCGGCGUGAUCACGCAGCUGGAUGCAGAGAGCGGCACAAUCCUAACGGCGCUAGAACGCAACCUGAUCCAACUGCUAGCUUCGAAGCAGACAGAAGGCAGCAAAGAUAUCGAUGCCCAAGAUUGGAGAACUCUGAGGACGGAUCACAGAACCAGCCCGCCUGUCGGCUUUUGCGACGGAGAUUUGCUCAAGAAGUUCUCGACGCUCACUCCGAGCGAGAGGGCCCGCGUGCUCCAAGGCCAAUUACCGGAUCAGGCCAUAGAUACGCCGGUGCCAGCAAGGGCCGAAGUCGUCAACAACCUCUUGGAACUCUUGAGCCGUGUCGCCUGAUCCUCCAUGAUCUCGUCUGCUUCACCAUCAACGCCCGUCUUCCCAGGUAUCCUGCACACGAACCUAUCUCGUGCCACCAAUUCAUGAAUGUAUGCAUCAUGCGCAUUUUCAGCUACCUUGCAGGUCUGCUCUCAUCCGCGGAUGCCGCUCUUAUGGGAUCCACAGCCGGGGAGACCUUUUGAGAGGGCGCAAAUUUUGCUGCUUCCUUAUCCUUGCGAUCCACCCUGAGCCGUGCAGGCACCCAGCCAUGCAUCUGGUCAAUGACUGAUCUCAAGGAGAGGGUACUGGGAGCAGGAGCUUGGACGACCAGACCUUCGUUCAGACCGCCUGUACGUUGUAGCCAUGAUCUGCCCGCCAGCUCUUCGGCUCUGGCUUGAGCGAGUAGGUAGACGGGAGAAGAUUGUAGAGCUUGAGCU